GGGCACCGAACCACCCGGCACCCACCCAGCGUCCGCAGCCCGCGGGGCGCCGGCCUGCUUGGAGCCUGGCGAGGGCGGCGAUGCGAGCGGCGGCGCGGUGAAGCGGGGCCGCGGCGGGGGAAGGAGAGGGCAGCCCCCCGGGCGGCGGGCCUGCGCUAGCCGUGCCCCGGCGGCGGCGGCGAGAAACCGGGCUGCGCGGCGUCCCCGCUGCCGCCUCCUCCCCGCCCGCCCUGCGCUCACCCCCUCCCCCCCGGAGCCGCUCCCUCGCCGCCUCCCUUCCCUCGGCUCCAUCCCUUCCCCCGGCUGCAUCUCCUCCCCGCUGGAUGAGGCGCCCCCCUCCCCGCUGCUGACCCCCGCGGACCCCGGCUGUAGGAUGAGCCCGCGGGACUCGGAGGGGGCGAGGCCGCUCCGCUCCCCGAGGAGGAUCUAGUGGGGGGGCACCGACGCGACGCCGCCCCCCCGCCAAGCACCUUGUCCUUCAUGGUGGCUCCCUGCGACCACCAUCUCGGAGCAGACGCGCAGCCCGGGGCCCGUGUGUGUGUCUGUGCGCGCCGCCGCCGCGGCCGCCCGAGUGAGGGAAAAUGUCCACUCGGACUCCAUUGCCCACGGUGAACGAGCGCGACACCGAGAACGAUGUCGGCUCAUCAUUGGGGGAAGGCUUUUGCGAAAAGCACACGUCCCAUGGAGACGGACGGCAGGAAGUUUCCUCCCGAACUGGGCGCUCUGGAGCUCGCUGCAGGAACUCCAUAGCCUCCUGUGCGGAUGAGCAGCCGCACAUUGGAAAUUACAGACUCCUUAAAACCAUUGGAAAGGGGAAUUUUGCAAAGGUGAAACUGGCAAGGCACAUCCUAACUGGCAGAGAGGUUGCCAUAAAAAUAAUUGACAAAACACAGCUGAACCCAACUAGUCUACAAAAGCUCUUUAGAGAAGUAAGAAUAAUGAAGAUUCUAAAUCAUCCAAAUAUAGUGAAGCUAUUUGAAGUCAUUGAAACUGAAAAAACUCUCUAUUUAAUAAUGGAAUAUGCAAGUGGGGGGGAAGUGUUUGACUAUCUGGUUGCACAUGGAAGAAUGAAGGAAAAGGAGGCUAGAGCUAAAUUUAGACAGAUAGUAUCUGCAGUGCAGUAUUGCCAUCAAAAGCAUAUUGUUCAUAGAGAUCUCAAGGCUGAAAAUCUAUUGCUAGAUGCAGAUAUGAACAUUAAAAUAGCUGACUUUGGUUUUAGCAAUGAGUUUACAGUCGGAAAUAAACUGGACACCUUUUGUGGCAGCCCACCAUAUGCUGCUCCAGAGCUCUUUCAAGGGAAGAAAUACGAUGGACCUGAAGUAGAUGUUUGGAGUUUAGGUGUUAUUCUUUAUACCCUCGUGAGUGGAUCUCUUCCCUUCGAUGGACAGAACUUAAAGGAACUUAGAGAAAGAGUGCUAAGGGGGAAAUACAGGAUUCCUUUCUACAUGUCCACAGACUGUGAAAACCUCCUCAAACGUUUCCUGGUGCUAAACCCAACAAAAAGAGGCACUCUAGAGCAAAUCAUGAAGGACAGGUGGAUCAAUGCAGGGCAUGAGGAGGAUGAACUUAAACCUUUUGUUGAACCAGAACUAGACAUCUCGGACCAGAAAAGAAUAGAUAUUAUGGUAGGAAUGGGAUAUUCUCAAGAAGAAAUUCAAGAAUCCCUUAGUAAAAUGAAGUACGAUGAAAUAACAGCUACGUACUUACUGCUAGGAAGGAAGUCGUCAGAGUUGGAUGCAAGUGAUUCAAGCUCCAGCAGCAAUCUUUCACUUGCCAAAGUUAGGCCAAGUAGUGAUCUUAAUAAUAGCACUGGACAAUCUCCUCAUCACAAAGUUCAGAGAAGCAUAUCUUCUAGCCAGAAGCAGCGGCGGUACAGUGAUCACGCUGGACCAUCCAUCCCCUCAGUAGUGGCAUAUCCCAAAAGAAGCCAAACUAGUACUACAGACAGUGACCUCAAAGAGGAAGGAAUUCAGGCAAGAAAAUCCAGCAGUAGUGCUGUUGCAGGAAGAGGAAUUGCACCAGCUAGUCCAAUGCUUGGAAAUGCCAGCAAUCCCAAUAAAGCUGAUAUUCCUGAACGUAAGAAAAGUUCGGCUGUUCCUAGUAAUAAUACUGCCCCUGGAGCAAUGACACGGCGCAACACAUAUGUUUGUAGUGAAAGAACCACUGCUGAUAGGCAUUCAGUGAUACAAAAUGGCAAGGAGAACAGCCUGACAGAAAUGUUCGCUUACGCAGCUAGCCCUGCUUCAGUUUGUACUACAUCCUUCUCCAGUGUUCGGCUGCGACAUCAGAAGUCGAUGUCCAUGUCAGCCUCUGUGCACACGAAGAUGAUGUUGCCUCCAAUAGACAAUGGCGCAGAUAACUUCAGGCCUAUCGCUAUUCCCGAUCAAAGAACUCCCGUUGCUUCAACUCACAGCAUUAGCAGUGCAACCACACCUGAUCGUAUUCGUUUCCCCAGAGGAACGGCCAGUCGGAGCACGUUCCACGGCCAGCUCCGAGAGCGGCGCACCGCGACCUACAACGGGCCGCCCGCCUCCCCCAGUCUGUCCCACGAGGCGACACCACUCUCACAGACUCGAACCAGGGGCUCCACUAAUCUGUUUAGUAAACUAACUUCAAAACUAACAAGAAGAAACAUGUCAUUCAGGUUUAUCAAAAGGCUCCCGACUGAAUAUGAGAGGAACGGGAGAUUUGAGGGCUCAAGCCGCAAUGUAGCUGUGGAUCAGAAGGAUGAGAACAAGGAAGCCAAGCCUCGGUCGCUACGUUUUACCUGGAGCAUGAAAACCACCAGCUCCAUGGAUCCCAAUGACAUGAUGAGGGAAAUACGAAAGGUCCUGGAUGCCAAUAAUUGUGACUAUGAACAAAGAGAGCGUUUCUUGCUUUUCUGUGUCCAUGGAGAUGGGCAUGCGGAAAACCUUGUACAGUGGGAGAUGGAGGUGUGUAAACUGCCAAGACUGUCCCUGAAUGGAGUUCGCUUUAAGCGGAUAUCGGGAACAUCCAUAGCUUUCAAAAACAUUGCUUCCAAAAUUGCCAAUGAAUUAAAGCUGUAACAAGAAAAAUAGUUAAGUUGUAAAUUAGUUAGCAAUUUCAAGUGUUUUUGAGAAUUCCGAUGGAAAUGUAUAGAAUAACAUUUAGGCAAUAACUUCUGCAUCCUUCUGAAUAGUGAUAUUAAAAAAAAAAGCUGCUGAGCUGGGAGGGAGAGUUGGACUUUUUUAUAAGUGCACUACAGCAUUAAAGUUGCCUACUAUGUAAAAUAUUACCCCUUCUGCUUUAUUUCCAUUGCUCUUUGACAACAAAUUGAAACACAGAAUAUAUUCAUUUAAAUAUGCCUCCUGUUUGUGUGGAUGUGUGAAUGUACAGUAUGUGUGUAAUAUAUAAAGUAUUCUAUGUAAACAAUUCAUUUACGACAUCGAGCUGUACCAGUACCUCUUUUUGGGCUAAUUUUGGUGCUAAAAAUUGAAAUGGCCAAGGAGGAAACACUUGAGUUAAUAUUUAAAAUGAUUGAAGCGAUAACCAGUAAAUGCAGGUUUACAGUUCACUGCUGUGUUAAGGAAAAAAAAAAAAGUGUGUGAAGGGUUUGGAUUUACGGUUGUGAACAUGAUUAGUCCUGUUUUCUAACUAGAUCUCAUGAGAUUAUUAAAAAUUCACUUUUACUGAGUAAGUCUUGCAUUAUAUUUUGCCCACCUAUUUAUUAUUUAAGUCUGAAUCAAAUUUUAAUAAUGUAGUUAAUUUGUGCAUUAAUAUUUGGGUAAACUCUUCCAUUCUUCUGCUUCUGCUAAACUACUAAAAUUGUAUCUUUGUCCUUUUGGCUUAUGGGUAUUGAUCGCAGCUAAGAACACUUCUCUGUUGUUCCACGGUUCCCCUAGGGAACUGGGCAGUCUAAAAGGAGGUGCUAAUUGCUGACUAGUUACUUUCUUUCAGAGCAAGUUUUCCAGUUAGACUAGGUCAGACUGAUACAAAGCACAAAGGGACUCUCAAAUAAAGGCCGUACUUCACUGCAAGCUGCCAUAUCCCAGUUGGUGCCGCUCUGAGGUCUCGCUGCAGGUAGGGCAGUGCUGUCCCUUCGUCCUGGGUGCACACAGCAUUGAAACCCAAAAGUGGGAAUCAAAUUGGCCACUGAUCUCCUGUGUUGUAAUGUCCCAACUUGCUGAACUAUAGCCAUAGGCAGUAGCAGUUAAAACUUCUCCUUGCAGCUCCCUUCCGGCGUGCUUCCCCUUGGCUCCGGUUGUAUUGCUUUUGAUGGCUCUGUGCCAGUUGUGUCUCUGGCUCCUGCUGCCGAGAGAAUCCUCUGCUAAAGUGCAAUGUGGAAACCCGCCCUUGAUGAACCCUCUGAUGGCCAACUAGCUUUCGGUAGGACGUGAAGCUGCUCUGGGAUAGUCCCCACGUUUUAACCAUCUCUGCGGUGAGCCGGAUCUGAGUUUGCAGACUCAGAGAUUUCUUCAUGCACUGUUUCCUACUGAUACUCAGUUUAUUUCAUCGAGGACUUGUGUAGAUAAUAUCCUGCAUUAUCUACUUGACUUUUUGUAUUAAUGUUUUGUGGUUAUAUUUCAGUGAAGCACUUAAGCAUGUACUUAACAUGUGCUUUAAACUGGAGCCUAAAUUUGCAUUUUAAAUUUGCAGUGAGCUAAUAGUUACUCAUAGUACACAGUUCAGAUUUGACCCGAGGUGGAAAUGCAAAGUCCUUAAUAUUUUGCAAGUUAGUUCUUGUGAUCUGUAGUCUGUGAAGGCAGCAGACUUCCCCUCUCUUUCCCCCUAAGCAUUGAUAUUGAUUAUGCUAGUUUAAAGGGUAAUCAUAGUUGUUAAAUGUAGUAAAUACUCCUGAAUUUACAUUUUAUUCUCUGUAUAUUCUGUAUCAUGCCAUGGCUUGAGAACUCCAGGUGCUACCGGAGUUCAGUUGGCUUUCAGUGCUCUGCCCGUGCCUGUGCUGCUCAGUAUGGUUUUUUCCAUGAAAACUCCAUUUUGUAAUAGCAAUAAGACAUUUCAGGGCAGUCAUUGUACUUUCUCAGGUGAAUGGUCACCUACCCUUUCACUUCCUACGUUUUAAGCACUCCUCCAAAUGUAUUUUUUCACCCGGCAGUGCACUUUGUUGUCUGAACUGAAAAAGUGUUCUGAUAAAUGAUGUAAAUCUGUAUUCGAUGGAAGUUCCAAAAGGUUUCAUAUUAAAUGUUUUCUGAAAUCCUC